AACUAUUCUAGACCUAGGAAGUAUAACUUAUUCUCCCACCUCUAACCAUCGUUACAAAAAUAUUCCCAAGAUCCGACUUCCCUAGCCUUGAGGCCACAAACGCCAAAAUCAUUUCUCCAAAAUUCACAAAUACUGAAAUACAUGCAGUUUGGCAACGUGGGCAACUCACACACCGGAAAAACGAAACAAUUUGCAGCCGAUUCUCACUGCCCAACCCAUUCCACCUAUCACCGGGUGAAGCUGAAUGAAAAAAGAUGAGCUUCUUUACAUAAGAAAUGGUCUUUCUUAGAUAAUUUUUUUCGAAGUAAUGUCUAUCAAUGUUGAGCAUGAGACGCCAUCUGCAAAAGCAAGCUUUGUUAUCUCUGCUGAUCAGCUAGACAAGUGCAUUUUGAAUGCCUUUGUUAUGGAAUGGGGACCUUAGGCAGCUCGUAGCUUGUAGUUAUAAAAGCAGGAGGAAACUGAGAAGCUCUUUUCUCAUCCAAUUUGAUAUGUACCUUUUUCGUGGACAACAUUACAAGAACAUAAAUGGAAUGGUGGAUUGGCAGCAUUUAAUGUAUUCCUCUAUCUCAAAAGGAGAGAGUCUAAAAGAUACUGCCAAACCUUGUGCAGAGGCGAAACAUCUUACUAGCGCUGAAGGAUCUGGUGAAGUCUUACAAGAGAAUCGUAUGAUUCAAAAAUCUCAUAGACCUGUGUCCAAUAUAGCUGCCAAAGGGAGUAGGGGACAUCUGGGAGGAGCAAUACAGCUUCUGAACAGGAAGAAAAAAGGUUCUUUUUGCGAGAAAAGGUAGUUAUAUUUUAAAAGCUAGGAUGUUUUGCAAGGGCAAUCUAGAGAUGGUUAUAUGAAGAGCUACAGCUUUGUUCUGCCAGCUUUUUCAGUUGUUAGAGCUGUUGAGGAAAUCCUUUUGCCCUCUAGUAAAGUAAUUGUAGAUGUCCCUAAGACCAAGGAGACAGUUGAAGUUUAUCUUGAAGAGGUCAGCAAAAUCUAGUUUUCCUACUAUACAGGAUCUAAAUACGGAGUCAGGAUGGAAGAGGCUGUUCAUGUAGUGUCUCGUAGUUCUGUAAUCUGUUCCAGAUGUUUCUAAAGUAGGUACUGGAGAUGUCCUGUGUCCUGGCAAAGAGGAACAAGAAAGGGCAUGUUGUAGAUGUCAUUUGCUGUAUUCUUUCUAUGGAAGAGCGCUUGCGAGGUUUUCCAUAUGAUCCAUGGCUACAACUUGAGUAUAGAGAGCUUUGGGACACCUGUUCUCAAAGCAUCUGAUGUUUUGUCGCUGAAACUCCCUCUGCUUUUAUGGUAAUGUUUGUUUUCUAACUUCCUAAUUCAGAUAUUCUCAAGUCAGUUCAUGGUAGGCCAUUUGUCCAAGCGAGGAUAGAAAUAUAGCUUCUAAAAGAUGGAGGUUUGAGGUGUAGUAAUAUUUCUGAACCUGGAUUCUCAAAUUUCAAUGUUUGGUUUUUAGCCAAUGAGUUGGUAAUCGGUAUGUAGUAUGAAAGCUUUUGUAAAUCUUGUGUGCCAAUGGAAGUUUAUGUAUCUAAUGGGCUCCGUCAUCCCAAUUUCAUAGAUAUUACCCCAAAUCACUUUAGAAGUCAACUUAGCUAAGUGAUGAGUGAUGACUUGAUGACUUUUACUAGGAUGACAAUAUGACAUAUUACCUCAGUUUUUAUUGUAACAUUUGCCUUUUUGGUGAGUUAACUAAAAUAAUCAUAUGUUGCAUCUAAAAAAAAGUGACUAAGUCGUUUGUAUAUAAUAUCAUGUUGUUCUCUACAAGACCCUAUAAAAGCUUUUUCUGCAAUGUCGACGCAAAUCGAGAAAAUAGGACCAUUUUUAUUACUGGCAUUGAUGUGGAUCUUACUGAAUCUGAGUGCUCCUUGUGCUAAUAUGCCAUUAUAAACAUUUGUCUUUCUUUUGAGUUUUUUGGGGGUAUAUAUUGUAUAAUCAUGAAGUAUAUUCAUGCAAAGGCAUAAAAUAGCAAAAUCAAUCAAAUCCUUAAAAUUUAAUUUUAAUGCAUAAACAUCACAUUGAACACAACCUGAAAAACAAUCAAAGGCAUAAUAUACAAAGAAUAUCAAAUAUGCUUGAAUUUUAGUUCUCGAUAUUAAAAAAUAACUCAAUGAAUUUCUACAAAUCCUUGCUAUCCGAAAAUGGUUAACCAUUUCUCAUUCUCAUCAUAGUUCCGAAACAUAAGUUUUUGGUCGAAGAAGAUGAAAAGUUGGUCUGGAGAGAAUAAUAGGUUCAAAAAAAGAAAAUAUUUCAAGCGAGAAGAAUGGUUACCAAUAUCGAAGAAGGUAGUAGGGCGUAUGAAAUCUUGUUCAUACAUGUGACGUGCCAAAUAUAUCAUUUCUCCCUUUUUCCCCCGGUCCACACUACCAGAUCCAUUUAAGUCGUUUUGCUCUCUCUUUAGUAGAUUUCUUUUGUUUGGAUUAUUGCUAAUAGAGAAAUUUUAGCCCAUACAAGAGAUCUCUUGCCUAAUUUUGAUUUUAUUUGUAGAAUUAGGAUUUAGGCCUCAAAUUUGAGCAAUUAUUAAAUUUGUAAUUAGGAAAUCGAAGAACAAAAGGUGGAAAAGAGAUAUUAUAUAAAAAAAACCUUUUAAUAGGGCCCACUUAAACGAAAAUCUGGACAAAAUUUGUUAUCUGAUGGUAACUUUCGCAAAUCUCUAACAUAAAUGAUGGUAAAAUUCAAAAAUAGUUCUAAAAAGUGGCAAAACUCAAAAUCAACAACAAAAUAAUGGUAAAAGAAAAAAAAAAUCAUCUUUUAAAUAUAAAUAAGGAAAGAACUCAAUAUUUCUUGAUCUAUAGGACCAAAAAACAUCGCCUGAGGCUAUAGAAUGCGAAAUUGUAUCGAACACAUCAAAUUGACACCAAAUGCUCUUUGAAAUUGGUAUAACAAACAAAAGAGUGCAAAAAGUCAAUUACAAAAUAAAGAUUUGUAUCUCAAUUUUGGGUUGAGAUUAAUGGUCUAACACCACUACGAUGAAGCUUACUCCUAAAGCUUUUGCUGCCUUCUUUCAUGGUGGUACUACUGGUAUUACUCCUUUUCCUUCUUUAUCUUUUUAUUUUCAUUCACGCAAUUACUCCAUUGUAACUGAUGCUAUUAUUCAAGAUCAUAGGUUAUUUCUUCAAUCAGUUAGAGAACACUGCAAAUUAGGGUUUUCAAAUCUCAAUUUCCCCCUUUCUCUCUUCCAUCAAAUGCUCUCUUUGCGCCCUCUUCCUUCUAUCAUCGUUUUCACUCAACUCUUCACUGCCAUGUCUAAAUUGAAGCGUCUUCACCCUCACUCCACCAUUAUCUCUCUCAUCAGAGACCUUGAAUUCUCUGGUGUUCGACCCAAUUGGUAUUCAUUGGGUAUUCUCACCAAUUGUUACUGCCAUUUGGGCCGUGUUGAUUUCGGCUUCUCUCUUCUCGCCAAAAGACUUAAGCUUGGUUACCCCUUUGAUCGUGAUUGUGUUAUCUUUACUACUUUAAUCAAUGGCUUUAUCCACUGUGAUAAGCUUCCUCAAGCUCUUCAAUUGCUAGAUCAAAUUGUUAAGCUAGGUUUCCAACCCAACAUUGUUACCUAUGGUGCUAUUUUCAAAGGCCUUUGUAGGAUUGGUGACAAUGCUGCUGCCCUCCACUUGCUCAGGAAGAUGCAGUCUAGUCCUUGUCAGCCUGGUCUUGUCAUAUAUAGCACCAUCAUUGAUAGUCUCUGUAAGGAUAGGCUGUUGAAAGAGGCCCUCGACCUGUUCACCGCCAUGAAAAGUGAGGGCAUUAUACCUGACGUUAUCACUUAUACCUCCUUAAUUAGAGGUCUCUACAACUCCGGCUUCGAGGUCGAGGCUAAAGAUAUGCUAGCUCAGAUGUUGGAGUGUAACAUAGCACCAGAUGUUAUCACCUUCAACAUGCUUGUUGACAUGUUUUGCAAAGAUGGGAAUGUUAAUGAAGCACAAGCUAUUCUAGACUACAUGAUUGAGAAAGAUGAGAUUCCAAAUGUCAUAACUUACAGUGCUUUACUUGAUGGUUAUUGUUUGCGUGGUCAGAUGGAGGAUGCCGAAAAGCUACUUGAUCUUAUGGCCCAAAAUGGUUGUGAGCCUGAUAUUGUAAGUUUUAGCACUAUCAUUAAUGGAUAUUGCAAGGCUAGAAACAUGGACAAGGCCCUCAACUUGUUUCAAGAAAUACUUCAGAAAGGGAUGAAACCUGAUGUUGUAACCUAUACCACUCUCAUUGAUGCAUUGUGCAAAGCCAAUAGACUUUCCCUUGCACGCCAGAUGUUCAAGGAAAUGGGAGUUCAAGGAGUUAUUCCAGAUGCUGUCACAUAUGCUUCAAUGCUUGAUGGCCUAUGCAAACAUAUGCUGCUUGAUGAGGCAGUGGCGUUACUUGAAGAAAUGGAGGAUAAUGGUGUUAAGCCUACUGUUGUCAUAUAUAAUAUCCUAAUGGACAGUUUGUGUGAGGCUGGGAAACUCGUAGAUGCAUUAAAAUUCUUCUCAGAUCUUGUAUUGAAGGGCCUACAACCUGAUGUGAUAACAUAUAAUACAAUGAUUAAAGGUUUAUGCAAGAAAGGGCUCAUGGAUGAGGCUAUCCUAUUGUCGAGGAAAAUGGAGGAACACAAUUGCUCCCCUAAUGAUCGUACUUAUAAUACAAUUAUCAGAGGAUAUAUUCUCAACAAUGACUUAUCGAACGCAUUUCACUAUUGUGAUCUUAUGGUUAGCAAGGGAUUCAAAGGUGAUGCUGACACUUUCUCGUUAUUUAUUCGCCUCUUGUCUUCUGAUAACUUAAGUGACUCAUCAAAGGACCAAGUGCGGAAAUUCAUCAAUUAAUAUAAGCUAAGUUAUUACCUGUAAUACUCGUAUUGGUGGCCUAAUGGAAUCUAGUACUACAUUGGAUGAGUAUCUUGCUGUAUCUUUUAGUUUCUUCGUUUUUCAUGUCAAGUAGAGCUCAUUCUUUAGGACAGUCAUCUUGGUACCCUUUUAGUAACAAUGGGAACUGACUAAUUCUCGCUUUUGUCUUACCAAAUGUCAUUUACAUGAUGGAUUUAUAAACAUUUUCUUCGUAUUA